AUCUUUCUUUGAAGAGAUCUAUCUUCUUCACUUGGAAGUGUAAAAACCUCAACUUUGCCAAAAGAAAUUAGGGUUCCAAGCUGAGAUUUUCUACUACUGUAACACAAAAUAAUGGGUAAAGCUUCGGUGAUCCUAUACAUCACGGUGGGGAUCCUCGUGCUCUUCCUCGUCUCUUAUUCCCCGAAGAAGAAGGGUGACCACGAUCACCACCACGGUGGUCACAACCAACACCACCGCUUAAAACUCCGGUCUUCUUUCAAUUUCAAACCCACUCGUCACGAUCCAGUUCCGUUCGAUCCUCUUGUCGCCGACAUGGAGCGCCGUCGCGAGGAUAAAGAGUGGGAGCGACAGUACAUUGAGCAUUCUCAUCCGGAGCUUGCCUCUCAUUCUCAGAAAGAAACAACCGGUGGUGGACAUGAACAUGCCCCUGGUCACGAGUCGCAACCUGAGUGGGAAGAUUUCAUGGAUGCUGAGGAUUACUUAAACGAUGAGGAGAAGUUCAAUGUCACUGAUAGGCUGAUAGUUUUAUUUCCGAAGAUAGAUGUUUCUCCUACUGAUGGGUUUGUGACGGAGAGUGAAUUGACCGAGUGGACUAUGCAGUCUUCUGCCAAGGAAGUUGUGCACAGAACUCAAAGAGACCUGGAUGUUCACGAUAGAAACAAGGAUGGUUUUAUUUCUUUCUCUGAAUAUGAACCACCGUCUUGGGUCCGUAAGUCAGAUAACAAUUCCUUUGGCUAUGACAUGGGCUGGUGGAAGGAGGAGCAUUUUAAUGCAUCAGAUGCAAAUGGUGAUGGUCUUCUGAAUUUAACAGAGUUUAACGACUUUCUGCAUCCUGCUGACACCAAGAACCCAAAGUUACUGUUAUGGUUAUGCAAGGAGGAAGUAAGAGAAAGGGAUUCAGAUAAAGAUGGUAAGAUCAGUUUUGAAGAGUUUUUCCACGGCCUCUUUGACACUGUAAGGAACUACGAAGAAGACAAUCACAAUUCUACGCAUCCUUAUCAUGACUUGCCUGAAGGCCCUGCAAAGCAGUUGUUUGCUCAGCUUGACAAAAAUGAUGACGGGUACUUAUCAGACGUUGAAUUGCUUCCCAUUAUCAGUAAAAUCCAUCCUACUGAGCAUUAUUAUGCAAAACAACAAGCUGAUUAUAUUAUAUCACAGGCGGAUUCAGACAAAGAUAAACGUCUGACUUUGGCAGAGAUGAUUGAGCAUCCAUACAUGAAUAAACAACAUCAGGCUCAGUUCAAUAUAACUUCAAGGAACAUUCCUCACAAAACAGAGUCCAGCACGAAUCUCUCUCACGCAGAUCAUCUGGUGAUUUAGAAGUUAGAAGAGUAUUUAUGAUUCUAAACAGCUGAAAGAAACAUACUUUUCUUUGGAUCUUGUUCAAUCAAUUAUAGAUGGCUUU